AUGUCGUCACCGGCGGAGGCACCAGUUGAAUCUCCGCCGGAGAGCCCGUCUGAACCUCCGCCUUCUGAACCUCCGCCGGAGAGCCCGUCUGAACCUCCUCCGGAGAGCCCGUCUGAACCUCCUCCGGAGAGCCAGUCUGAACCUCCGCCGGAGAGCCCGUCUGAACCUCCUCCGGAGAGCCCGUCUGAACCUCCUCCGGAGAGCCCGUCUGAACCACCGCCGGAGAGCCCGUCUGAACCUCCUCCGGAGAGCCCGUCUGAACCUCCGGCUUUACCUCCCGCGACCCAAUCCGGUGUUCCUCCCGAAAACAGAUACGAAUCAACAACACCACCAGUGUCAUCUGUGAAUCUGGUGAAGGGGAUAACCUCAUCGAAAGGAACUUCCGUCGGCCUGAUUAUCGGGUGUGCCCUAGGAGGCAUACUACUUGUUUUGGUCGCGGUGGGCAUUUUCAUAUGGUUUGUACGUUAUAGGAGGAAGAGAAAGAAGAGCAAACAACGUGGAGCAGUGGAGAUUUACUAUGGAGAUUUUUCAGGUGAAAAUAAAGUUUCACUCAAUCCUCACCAAGUCAAAUUCAAACCCUCCAUCCCCGGCUAUCUUCAAAUCUCGCCGCCGGCCAUGUCAGCGCCGUCGCCUUCCACCAACUCCACCUCUCCUCCUCCUCCGCCGCCGAGCAACGCCACAGCUCCUACCAGUACUUCUCCGACGACCAACGCUACCGUGUCUCCUCCUCCAACUAACUCCACCACAUCGUCCGAUACGCCGCCCGUAGGGAACCUGCCGACGAACACAAACGUCGGAAUUAUAGUCGGAGUUGCGAUAGGAGGGUUUAGUGUGCUGGUUGCAGUCGCCAUUAUCUUCUUUUUCUAUCGGAGACGGCAGAAGAGGUUAGCUAAGGCGAAUGAGUCAGGGGAACCACCCAAAGAUGACCCAUUAAAAGGCCCACCUCAGAAUUUGCAACAGAACUAUACUCCUCCGUCAGCAGACAAAAUAGAAAUAUAUCCAAUGCCUACUCAUUCCCGAGGACCUUCUUCAACCGGCAGCGGCUAUGGAUCAGAGAAACCUUCCUCAGCCUUUGGAUUUUCUGAAAGCACAUUUACAUAUCAAGAAUUAGCCAUGGCAACAAAUGGUUUCUCCAGUGAAAAUCUUCUUGGUCAAGGAGGCUUUGGUUAUGUCCAUAAAGGAGUUCUUCCAAAUGGGAAAGUGGUUGCAAUUAAACAGCUGAAAGCUGGGAGUGGACAGGGGGAGCGUGAAUUCCAGGCAGAGGUUGAAGUCAUUAAUCGUGUCCAUCACAGACAUCUUGUUUCACUGGUUGGAUACUGCAUUAGUGGGGCGCAAAGGUUGCUUGUUUAUGAGUUUGUUUCCAACAACACCUUGGAAUUUCACUUGCAUGGAAUGGGGCGACCAACUAUGACUUGGCCAAUGAGAAUGAAAAUUGCUCUAGGAUCUGCAAAAGGAUUGGCAUAUCUCCAUGAGGACUGUCAUCCCAAGAUCAUACAUCGCGACAUCAAGGCUGCCAACAUUCUCAUUGAUGAAAACUUUGAGGCGAAGGUCGCAGACUUUGGACUUGCCAAGUUGGCCUUAGAUACAGAUACUCAUGUCUCCACUAGGGUUAUGGGAACUUUUGGAUACUUAGCUCCUGAAUAUGCAUCCAGUGGAAAGCUCAGUGAUAAGUCAGAUGUCUUCUCGUUUGGGGUCGUGCUAUUGGAGUUGAUUACUGGACACCGACCCAUUGAUAAAACUCAUUCCUUCACUGAUGAUAGUAUGGUUGAGUGGGCAAGGCCUUUGCUAGCACAAGCAUUGGAAAAGGGAAAUUUUGAUGGUCUUGUUGAUGCAAGGUUGCAAAAUGAUUACAACUCCAGCGAAAUGGCUUGUAUGGUUGCCUGUGCUGCUGCUUGUGUGCGUCAUUCUGCCCGCCAUCGGCCAAAAAUGAGCCAGGUACUUCGAGCUUUGGAAGGCAAUCUUUCUCCAGAUGAAUUAAAUGAAGGAGUCAUACCAGGUCAUAGCAUGAUAUACAGUUCAUCUGAAAGCACACAAUACAGCACUCAAGAAUACAAGCAAGACAUGUUGAAAUUUAGGAAGUUAGCACUAGAAGAAAGCCAAGAGCUAGAUCAAGGAAUUAGUGAGACCAGUGGGCCCAGCAGUGAUUUUGGCCAGCACCAAUCUGCCUCUAGUGGUGAAGGCCAACAAACAACUAAAGAUAUCGAGUAUGGGCGAACGGACAAAGACACCCAAGACUUUGGUAAAAGCUCUUGACAACCGAUUCCAGAUUCUUGAACAAUGCCAAUUUCUCCCCCUCUCCACCCUGUAUGCUCCCUAAUUUGCUAAACCACGUUUGCUUACAUGAAACACACCACUUCUAACUGUACAUUUGGUAGAUUGAAUGUAUCUAUUGUUCAGGUAGGUAAGUGAGCUUUCCUCUGAGUUGCAUACUAAGUUGAUUGAACCAUUCAAGUGUUUCUGGAUCUGGUGACUACUCUGUUCAUAACAGAAUCUAUUGUUUGCAUUAGUCCCCAAUUGGUGCCUAGAUGGAGUUGAUAGAGAAACACAAUUGACUUCAUUUAUUGUAGGCACAUUUUGGAGAAUGAAAAAUUAUUUAUGUAGUUUAGUGAAAUAUCUGUGUACAUGAUGUUGUAUUAUUAUGAUUUUUUUUUUUUUGUACCAAAUACGAGUUGUAUUCUGUAUAUCAAUGAACUGAAAAGUUGGUUUGUCAUCUGUGUUGUUGG